AUGUCCAAAAUGUGGGAAAUCGACCCCGAGACCCGGCGCAAGCUCCUCGAGCUGCAAAAGAAGCCUGGCAAUAACGUCUGCUGCGACUGCAACGCCCCCGCCCCGCAAUGGGCCAGCCCCAAGUUCGGCAUCUUCAUCUGCCUCAGCUGCGCCGGCGUGCACCGCGGCCUCGGCGUGCACAUCUCCUUCGUGCGCAGCAUCACCAUGGACUCGUUCAAGCCCGACGAGAUCCUGCGCAUGCAGAGCGGCGGAAACGCAAAGUGCAAGGAGUUCUUUGAGGCCUCCGACGGCUUCCGCGGGGACAUGAGUAUUGCAGAGUUGUAUGGUAGUGUCUUUGGGGAGGAUUAUAAAGAAAAGCUCAGCGCCGACGUCACAAACACCCCCUGGACACGCCCCGUCCGCCCCGCCGGCACAACCACCACCACCACCACCACCACCCCGCUCUCCACCGCCGCCGCCCUCUCCUCCCCCCCACCACCAACCAAAGACCGCAACGAAUCCUUCUUCGCGCGCCUCGGCUCCGCCAACGCCACCCGCCCGUCCACCCUCCCCCCCUCCCAAGGCGGAAAAUACUCCGGCUUCGGCUCCUCCCCCUCCCCCACCCCUACCGCCACCACGGCGGAGGCGCCAACGCUCGACGAGUUCAGCCGCGACCCCGUGGGCGCGCUGACAAAGGGGUUCGGGUUCUUCACGACGCAGGUGGCGCGCAGCGCAAAGACUGUGAAUGAGGCUGUGAUCCAGCCGACGGCGGCAAAGAUUGCGGAGGCGGAGCUGGCGAGGAAGGUGCAGGAUGGGGUGGGGAGCUUGGGGAGGCUUGUUGAUGGCGGGGGGAGGGGUGGUGGUGGGGCGGGGAUUCCGGAGGAGAGGAGGGCGUUUUGGGAUUCGUUUGGGGAGGAGGGGGGGAGGGAGGGGGGGAGGGGGCAUAGUCAUAGUGCGUUGGGGACGGGGGCGGUGAAGAGGGGGAUGGGCGGGGGGCUUGGGGGGAGCGGCGGACAUGGCCACGGCGGUGGGACGGGUGGUGGUGGGGGGGUGGGCGCGAAGAAGAAGGAUGAGUGGGAUGACGAUAAUUGGGAUAAGUUUUAG